AUGUGCUUGGCUGACAGGCAGACGGGCGGAGGCGGGCAGAAAUUGGACGAGGAGGUACGAGGCGAGGGGUUGGAGGGGAAGGAGGGAAAGCGGAGAGAGGUUGGGAGCGUUGACGGCGCAGAGGCGGAGGCGAGGGGAGGCAGAGCAGAGUCGGUGUGUGGUGGAGCGAGAUGGUCGACCAGCCAUGGAGGUGGCAAUGCGGGUGACAAGAGGAGCGGCAAUGGGGGCGGCAAUGGGGUGGAUGCAAGGGGCAAGGGAAGGAAGAGGGUUGGUGAUGACGGUGGUGUGGAGAGCGGUGGGAAGAGGCAGAGAGGGGUUGGGGACGAGGGGAAACGAGGUGCACCAUCCAACCAUGCGCAUGGCCAAGCAUUUGACCACAGGCAUUCCCACGCCAACACCCGUGCCCACACCCAUGCCCACGCUUCCUCCUCGCCAUGCCCCGGUGUGCGCCUCUCCUUCCCCUUACCCUCCUCUGUGCCAACCCCCCAUAGCACUUUCGCCCUGCCAUUCGCGCUCAGUGCCACGUCAGCAGCAUCUGACGUGGACGCCAUCCUGAUCUCGAGCCCCGAGGUCCUUCUGGGCGUGCCUGUGGUGUGCACGGAGGCUGCUCUGCGUAUCGCCAGGCUGGCGGCAAAAGAGAGGGCGGCACUGGCGCAGGGGAGGGGCGUGCUGGCGGACGGUGAAAACGAGGCCCAUGCAUCCCUGAGUGAGAGUGAGGAGCUGGCAUCUUUAACGUGUGUGAGGGGAGUGAGGUGGGGGGAGAGGGUGGGUGUGGGUCCGGGCGUCACUGCCACUGCAGCUGCCUCGGGAGGUCCUCUUGGCUCUGCCUCCUGGUCGCUCCUUCACUGCCCCCACUCGCCCUCCCACACCACCCAUGCCUCCCAACCCCACACCUCCCACCCACACACCUCUUUCCCCGCCGCACAUCUCUUCUCUCAACAACCGCUCUCAUCCAUCUCGCAUCCCUCCACCGACCCUUCCGCCGCUCCCUUCGCCUCCCACUCCACCGCUUCAACCGCUCCCUCCUCCAAGUGCUCUCACCUCGCCCUCCUCUUCCCAUCGCUGCCCUACACUACUCUCGCUGCUCCACCACAGCUGGAGCCAGUAAGAUCUUGCCACGUGGCAGCUCUAUGUGAGCCCACGUCAGCCAGCUCUGCUGACAGUCACGCAUGGACAGAAGACGCCAAGGAGGGGAGGAAGGCAAGGGUGGGGGAUGAGGAGCAUGGGAAGGGGCAUGAUGGCAGGCCGUGGGGUGGGGGAGGGAGGGGCAGCGAGGUGGGAGUGCAGGGCGGAUGGAAGGGCAGAGGUGGCGGGAUGGAGAGUGAGGCGCUGUGUGAGUCAUGUGGGCAUGUGAGUGUGACGGCCGGGAGGGAAGGGACGGGAGGAGCUGAAGUGGCAUGCAGCGAUAGAGGGGGCAGUGCGAGUGAGGGGAGAGGAGGGGCGAGUGCGGGGAAUGGGGUGGAUGGGGUGGAUGGUGCGGGGUGCAGUGCGGUGUCUGACAGCAUUGAAGGCGUUGUGAAUGUGAUUGCAGGGCGGGUGGCACAGGGAGGGCGAGUGGUGGUGCCGUGCUCCCCGCUGGGCCCCUCCUUGGACGUGCUACUCGCCCUGCUCUCACCCUCCCACUCACCACCAGGCCCACCAGCACAAUCAGCAGCAGCAGCAGCAGCAGCAGCAGCAGCAGCAGCGCCAUCACCCCAUGUGGGAGUGGGAGUGCCGGUGGUGUACCUGUCGCCAGUGGCCAAGCAGACGCUCUCCCUCGCCUGCAUCCUGCCUGAGUGGAUGCACCCCCGCGUGCAUGAUAGACUCGCUGUAUUCUGCCAUACGUCCUUCUGCCAUACGUCCUUCUGCCAUACGUCCUUCUGCCAUACGUCCUUCUGCCAUACGUCCUUCUGCCACACGUCCCUCUGA